AUGGGGUCUCCAAUGGCCUCUUUAGUAGCAACUUUGCUUGUCUUGACAAUCUCUCUCACCUUUGUAUCUCAAUCAACCGCUAACUACUUCUAUUCUUCUCCUCCACCACCGGUUAAGCACUACCAAUACAAAUCUCCACCACCACCGGUUAAGCAUUACUCUCCUCCUCCGGUCUAUCACUCUCCACCACCGCCUAAGAAACACUACGAAUACAAAUCUCCACCUCCUCCGGUUAAGCACUACUCUCCCCCUCCAGUUUACCACUCCCCACCACCACCCAAGAAACACUACGUGUACAAAUCACCUCCUCCUCCCGUUAAACACUAUUCCCCUCCUCCGGUUUACCACUCUCCACCACCACCCAAGAAGCACUACGUGUAUAAAUCCCCACCCCCACCGGUUAAGCACUAUCCUCCUCCGGUUUACCAUUCACCACCACCACCCAAGAAACAUUACGUAUACAAAUCUCCUCCUCCUCCGGUUAAGCACUACUCACCCCCUCCGGUCUACCAUUCUCCACCCCCACCUAAAAAGCAUUACGUCUACAAAUCUCCACCACCACCGGUCAAGCACUAUCCUCCCCCAGUUUACCACUCUCCACCACCACCAAAGAAGCACUACGUGUACAAAUCUCCUCCUCCUCCAGUUAAGCACUAUUCUCCUCCUCCGGUUUACCAUUCCCCACCCCCACCCAAGAAACAUUACGUGUACAAGUCUCCUCCACCACCAGUUAAACAUUACUCUCCCCCUCCAGUUUACCAUUCCCCACCACCACCAAAGAAACACUACGUAUACAAGUCCCCUCCUCCUCCGGUUAAACAUUACUCUCCCCCUCCAGUUUACCAUUCCCCACCACCACCAAAGAAGCACUACGUAUACAAAUCCCCUCCUCCUCCGGUUAAACACUAUUCUCCUCCUCCGGUUUACCAUUCCCCACCACCACCAAAGAAGCACUACGUAUACAAAUCCCCUCCUCCUCCGGUUAAACACUAUUCUCCUCCGGUUUACCAUUCCCCACCACCACCGAAGAAGCACUACGUAUAUAAAUCACCUCCUCCUCCUCCAGUCCACCACUACUCUCCUCCUCACCAUCCUUACCUCUACAAAUCACCUCCUCCUCCAUACCACUAUUAG